CUACAGCGGUGAGCUGUGGAGCACCUACAAUCCGUUACGGUACAGUUGCCAGCUCCACGCCUCCCGGAGAUAAGGUUAACAUUACCUGCAGUCCCGGUCUGGAAAUUCACCCUCCUGAUCCGGUCUUCUGUGUCACCGAAACUAUUUUCUUUCCUUCUUCUUUACCCCAGUGCAAAGCGGUGCCCUGUACUCGACCCCUCGACCUGCAGAACGGCCAGAUCCUGAACAAUGAUAUGAUCCAGCCCGGAGAGGAACUACAGAUAGAGUGCUCUCCUGAGUACAUGAUAUCAUCUGAUAAGCGGGUUGCGUGUAUCUCUGGUGAUGUGUACACUACCGGAAGUGUACAUACACUCGGCACUUUGCCAAAAUGUGCACCGAUGCCAUGUGAAAAGCCCGUGGUGGAGAACGGUGUUAUAGAGACAGCUGGUCCGAUAAAGCCUGGUGACAAGGUGGCAGUGACGUGUGGAGCUGAUUACCAGAUCACUGGGCCGGGCUAUUUGGUCUGCACUUCCGCUACUGAGUUCAAGUACUGGAACCAAACCCUCUGUAAAGCUAAGGAGUGCGGAGUGCGUGUUGCCCCAGAGAUAGCACACGGUCGUCUCUCCUCUCCCACCCUCUCCCCUGGACAGGUUGUCAGCAUACAGUGUGACCUGGGCUAUAAACCGGACUGUCACGUGCCCAUCACGUGUAUAUCAGCUGACAACUUCCAGCCCAUCAAACUACCUCAGUGUCUGCCUCAGCAGUGUAAGAAGCCAGUGAUAAGAGCCGGGAUAGUGACAGGACCAACCCCUCUCAUCCCCAACAACACACUGAUAGUGCAGUGUGAAACGGGCCACACCCUCACCAGUGUGGUUCCUAUCACGUGUGUUACGUUAGAGAAAUACGAUCCACCCUUGUUACCGCAUUGUGCACCAGUGAGCAACUGCACUGUGCCACAUAUCUCAAACGGAGGCUACAUUGGCAAGCCGCCCAGUAUGAUAUCACCCGGCGCGACGCUCCGCUACGCGUGCAACAACAAGGGCAGCUACGUGCCGCUCUUCGUACCUGUGGUUACCUGCCUGACAGGACAAUACUUCCAUCCUUCCCCACCCAUAUGUGUUGCGGAGGACCAAGUACAAAGCGCCCGCCUCAACUACAACCGUGCCACCAUCUCAAUCAGAGAUUUUGAGAAGGUUGAAAUCACCACACCCACUGAAGCCAGCAAUCCACCGAGCAAGGUGGUCGGGGUACUGGUGGCUGUUAUUGUAAUCAUCGCACUGGUAGUCGUGCUUCUUGUCCUACUUUUCAGAAACAAGGAAUAUAAGCAAAAGUUAAUGAAAUUGUUUGGAGGAAGCACUUAUCUUAACAAGUACAGACCUGUAAAAGCAGUCAGAAAAGACGCUGAGCAAGGAACCAAACCAGGACCACCCACUACAAAGAAGAAAACACCUCCAGCAAAACCACCACCGCCCAAACUCCCUCCCUCAGUUCCACCUACACAACCUGGCCCUUACAAACCCAGUCUUACAAACACUCCAUCUAGACCAGCAAAGUCUGGGGCAAAGUCUGGGGGUUCAAAGAGCCAGACUCCCAAGAAACCCACCUUGUACCCACAUCUCAGCGAGACCUCCUCCGAGGUCUUAACCCAGACCAAAAACAACACAGACGCUGAACUUCCCACCUAUCCUGUGUAUAAACCUAAACCAAGUAAACCAAGUAAACCAGGUAAAACAGGUAAAGCUGACAAACCAACCAUGAAACCUGUCGCUGUCUCUGAUCUGAGGCAGGGUGGGAAGCGCAAUGGUCGCAGCGCUUUCACUGCACCCCGCAGCACUUUCACCCCAACACCGUCCAGUCUUACCAGACCUGUCACAGAAACAAGUUUCAGUACAGACUCUGUUUCAAAUAUUGACUCGAUGGACUCAGAGAGUUAUGAACAGCUUCUAAAUGAUAUGGGGUUGAGUAAAGAGGAUUUCAAGGCUAGGAUACCUAGGUCAAGAUACAUGCCAGAGGAUUAUUUGUAGUGUAUUUAUAUUAUAAAGGAGUUAUGUGUUAUAAUAUUGAUCUAUUAUAAUUAUCUGUUAAAUAAUAUUUGUCAUUUUUAAGUUAUCGUAAUAAUGUGUCUGUUGAAUUGUGUAAUGUGACCUUUGAAACCACUAGGAUUAUAAACCAAAUCCAUGAGUAUUUGGGCUUGUAUGUAUUGUCAUAUUAGGAGUAUUUUUAGAAUUGUAUAAGUAUAUUAUGAUAUUAGGAAGAAACCUAAUCAUAUUCUAAUUGUUUUUAGAUUAAAGAAUCGGCAUGAUUUGUUAAACUAUUUAAAUCUUGAUAACUUGCAUAUAUGGCAUAUUAGUAGUAUAGCAUACAGUUCAACUUUACAUAGCAAGAGAUAUUAUUAUAUUAUAGCACAGAAAUGAUAAAUCAUACUUAACUAUUUUUACAUUUUGUUUUGACCCUGAUUUCAUUUAUUUGGUCUAGAUUUCAUUUCAUUUAUUAAAAGCAAUUAUUAUAUUUUAGGUAUUUGAAUAUAACUUUCUGUUUUGAAACGGAGCUCGUUUCUCGUUACAACAUAAUAUAUAUAUAUAAUGAUACUGAGAUAGUCAGGAUCCAGAUUUAUAUUAUAUGAAUCAAUUUGAUAUUCAUAAUGCGUUAUUAAUGCGUAACAACUAUUCAGAUGAAUUAUUAUAAUUCACAUGAUUAUAAUACAUUUCAUAUCUAGCUAAGCUAAUAAAUUAACAAAUGAACCCUUUAUUUAAACUAAUUGUUUGAGAGUAUUUGUCUAAUAUUAUGAGUCUAUACAUGUAUAAUAUUAUGAUGUGUUUGUUCUUUAUUUCAUGAAUGAUAUAUUUUAUUACACAACCAAU